AUGAAUUAUAGCAGAACAUAUUAAACAAUGAGACAAUCUGGAUAAUAAGGCACAUUUUAGACAACUUAUAAUGAAACUUAAUAGAUACGAUAUAAGGAAGAAAGCUUUUAAGUCUCUCCUCAAUCAGCAAAUUGGGCUUCAACAUAGUUACUUGGAAAAGUAGAUGAUAAAGAUUUUAUGGUUGUAUAACGAUCUAAGACAUAUGAAAAAUCAGAAGCAGAAAGACAACAUCAUUAUGAAGAACUAAUUUAAGACAAUUUAAGAAUGAGGUAAUUAAGAUGCACAUAUUUAGAGAAGUUAUUGAGUAAUUAAAAAGAGAAGUAGCCACUUAUAAAUCAAGUUCAAGUUCUGAUGUGACUAUUCUUAGAAAAGAACUUCAAAUUACAUAAUAAGAAUUGGAAUCCACUUAAAAAGAAUUAAUGAUGUUAAGAAGUGAGAGUGAAUUAAAAAGUAGGACAGAAAUAGAUAAGUUAAUGAUUGAAUUAGAUUAGUGGAAACGUAAAUAUUUAGAACUUGAAUAAAAAGAUAAAGAUAAUGCUGAAUAGUUAAAACAGCUAGCGUAUUAUUAAAAUAAAUUAAAAUUAUUUGAAUUAGAAGCAAAAAAGAAAUUUGAAAAGUAUUAAUCUGUUGAUUUAAUAUAAUAACAAUUAAAUGAUUAAGAAUCAUUAAUUGAAGAAUUAAGAUUAGAAAUUCAAAGAUGGAAAGAUAAAUAUGAUGCUUCUAUUUUAGAAAGUUAAGAGAUAAGAAUUAAAUUAUCUUAAAAUGAUAGAGUAAAUUCAUUGGAAGCUGAUAUGGAAGCAUUAAUUCAUGAAUUAGGUUAAUGGAAGGAUAGAUGUAAAGUAUUAGAAGCACGUCAUUAAACAUCAGAUGAAGCUAAAUUAUUGGCAAGAAUAGAAUAAUUGAAUCGUUUAUUAGGUGAAAAAGAUUAAGAAAUGUAAAGGACUCGUCUUACUAUUAGUUAAUAAAUGACAUAGUAAAUGAGUUAAUAAUAAUCAUAAAAAAUGUCAUAAUAAUAAUAAUAAAUAGCUGAUUAUGAAAAUUAAUUAGAUUAAUUGAAAAGAUAAUUGGAAGCAGCACAAUCUAAAAUUGAUUAAUAAAAUAAAGAAAUGGAAGGAUUUAGAUUAUCAGCUAAUGUUUAUAAUUCAGAGAGAUUUGAAGAGAUAGAAUAAGAAAAGUGGAAAUUAGAGAUUUAAAUUGAAUAAUUAGAAUAAGAUUGUGAUACAUUUAUGUUAAGAAUCAAAGAACUAGAAGAUACAUAUUCAGAAUUAUAAAUUAAAUACAAUGAAUAAAAUGCUAAUUAUCUUAGAUACAAAGAUAUUGUAGAAUCUAAUUCUUCAAAAUAUAAGAGUGUAGAAAAUUUAUCUAAAGAAUUACAAAAUAUUUAACAAGAAUUAGAAGUUUGGAAGAAUCGUUAUUUUUAGACUGAAAUUAGAUUGAAAGAAUAUGAUCAAUUAAGAAUAGAAUAUGAUCUUUUAAUUAAAUAGGGAAGUAAAUCUGUUACAAAUGUAACAACUAUAAAUAUCGAAAAUGAUAUUCAAUACAUUUCAUUGAAAAGAGAAAGAGAUAAUUAUUAUAGAUAAGUUUAAGAAUUAGAAAUUAAAAUAAGAGAGUUGUAAACUAAUUCCAUUAGAAAUUCAUAAGAUGAUACAUUAAGAAGAGAAAGAGACAAUUAUUAUAGAUAAAUUUAAGAAUUAGAAUUAAGAAUCAAAGAAUUAUAAUCUUAAUAAUUAUAAUCAUAAUAAAUAAAAUAUAUAUAUGAUGAUUCAAAAAUUAGAGAAUUGGAAACAAAACUUAAAGAACAACAAAAUAAAGUUUAAACUUAUGAAACAAGAAUUAGAGAAUUUGAAAUUAGAACUAAAGAAUAUGAAACUAGAAAUACUUAAUCUUUAAUUGAAAAAACUGUAGUAUUAACAGAUGAACCAAAAAUAAAAGAACUUACUGAAAUAAUUUAACAAAAGAAUUAAAAAAUACUUGAAUUAGAAAUGAAUUUAAAUUCUAAUUCAGUAAAUGUAAGUUCAGUUAAUACAAACACUGUUUUAGUAAUAAAAGAAUAAGUAAGAACAAAAGAAUUAAGAAUAAGAGAGUUAGAAGCAUAAAUUGAAACUCUCUAAUUAGAAAUAGAAAGAUUAUAAAAUCUAAAGAGAGAUCAAGAUGCCAGAAUUAAUAACAUGAUUUAGAAGGUAAUAAAAUAUUCUUAUUUAGAUUACUGAAUAUGAAUCUCAAAUCAAUAUUCUAUAAGAAGUUAAAGUAAGAUAAUCUAAAAGGUCACCAUCAUAAUAAUAAUAAAUUACAACUUCAACCACUUUAAUACAAUAACCAAUUGUCUAAACUACAAGUUAUGUUUAAAAGAGUACAACUUCUAAUGUUUAUUAAUCUUCAUCAUAAAAUCUACCUUCACCUACUCCCAUAUCCUAGAAUUAUUAAUUCUAACCAAUUUAGAAUAGUACAACAACAACAAAGUAAGUGAUUAUUACUAAUAAUGUUGAGAAGUAAUUUAUUAAUCUAUCCUAGAAAUUUGUAUCCAUAAGAAGAUAAUGUGUCAUCAUAAAUUAUUGAUAGAGUUGGAUCUAGAGACUAUAACAGUUAUUAAGCUCCUUAAAUAAUUGUAUCAUCAUACAAACCCACAAAUUGAA